AUGUUCAUCGGUCUUCUCUGUUGCCGACGCCACAGUGAGCAGCCAAAGCGUCAAGGAUCCUCGAAAUUGUUGCCUCUUUUAGCUGUGACGUCAUUUGUGAAUCCUUUGGCAUGCGGUGGCCGUGUCCGUCACCAGGUAUAUCCGUUUUCUACCGUAGCUGUACUUCAAUCUGCCGGCAUGGAACGCCAGUCGGAUCGCGGCUUUUCCGCGUUUUUGUUUCCGAACUCCCCUUUCUCUUCCGCGCCGUCGCCUGCAGGGCAAGGAGUCACCACAGACUCCGCACAGUCUGAUACCAGUCCCACCGCAUUCUCUCCUAGCACGGCCUACCCUGCUCUGCCCCGGCGCCCGUCAGUCAGUGGCUCGGAAGGGGCUACGUCAGUGCUAUAUGGUUUGGCAAAUUUGUCUACGAUGCAGAGCAUCCGUGGCAGCGGAAACCAACUCCCGUCAAACGCAUCCUCUCGGCACGAUUCCACCCGUCCCCAGCUCUCUGGGGAGGGUGAGUCGUUUUUGCCGCCAGCUAUUGGCGACUCCGGAGGAGGUCACUCGAACAAUGCUUUUUUGUUGAGUCCGUCAGGGCCUUCGUGUCUACCGGCCCCACGGCCUCCCGGAGUUCAUUCCUCUGGAUAUUCACAGUGUCCGCCUCCGCCUCCUGCAGCAUCGCAGAGGAGUAGUCCUCUCCCCUCGACAGCGCCAACGCCUUCACCUGUCUCGCAGUCUCAGAGCCAACCUGCUGUCGCUCCUUCCGCGCCAGCAGCGCCGAAGGAGUGCCCUGGAAGACCGCAGCCAUCCAUGCUCGGGAGAUCUCUAGGAGACUUGUUUCGGCAGGAGAGUGCUGCUUCACCGGAGCACACACCGUAUGGGCAGUUACGAGAGCAACCUAGAGUAAGUAGUCCUCUUGUCCCUCCGCUACGGUCAAGCUCAGCGUUGACACAACCUCCGCUCAACCACUACAAAGUCGCCGCAGGCCAGCCAGGACUCGAGAGCCGAGACUUUUUGCCAGAUCAACCAGGCCAAGCCCCUUCUGAAAUACUAUGGAAUUUCAACGGCAGGGGAUCUCUACCGUUUGACGACUUAAUCGCGCAGGUCCACAAGUUGCUCCGAUCAAACUCAACAGCAUCGUCCGCCUCCUCGGCAUCCACUCCCCGUCGCCCGAGUGGGCGCUUGGGUGAGAUGGCAGACGUUCUGUGGGACAACAAGCCCAAGGACAAUAGAAAUAUUUGGCGAAGGCGUUGUGUGGUGGAUGGGCGGCCUCCUGAACAGCAACAGCAGCAACAACAACAACAACAGUCCGCGCCAGAGGAAGGGAAAAAAAGUGAGAAGCGAGAAGAAGAUAUCUACACAAGCAGUUGCGCCGGUCAUCUUGAUCUUUCUGCGUUACGAGCGGUGGCCUCCCAGUGCGCACCAGCUUCUCGGUCAGCAGGCUUCUCUUCUGGCGGAUCUCCUUUCGAGCCUUUCUCUGAAGGCGUAAUUCAGCAACCUACAACGUAUCUCGACCAGCAGUCGUUAGCAGUGCUACAAGAACUGAAUCGAGCCACUAUACAGCAGCGGAUGUGGGAGGCAAGGCUAGCGGCUUUGCGUCAAGAGAAUGCAGACUUGCAGAAAAGGCUUGCCUUGAUGGAAGAGGCCCAAAAUUUGUUGCAACAGCAGAAUCAGAGUCUGCGGGCAGCACAGCAUAUCACAGACGCGGCGGCACAUGGAACGUCGGCCUUAGGCUCUAGUACUGGCCGGACACCACCGCAUAAGUCUGCUAGUAGCCGACUGCUUGCUCCAUCUGGAUAUCAGGGGCCGGAUCAAGUGCAGAGUGCGCCGAGUCCGUCUACUCCCGUUAUUAGAGGGUCGGACAAGAUCUCAGUCGAGCAAUUUCUUCUAAGUUUUCCUUUUACCCUGACGCAAGAUUAUCCACAUGCUACACUCAAGUUUUGCGCUGAUCACAACCUGGUAGUGAAACUGGUGGGCUACCACGGGAAACGAGUGGAGCUCCUAGAACGGCAAUAUUGCUGCCGUAUUCAAACAUCCGCACAGGCUUCCUCAUUCCCAGGAUACCCAAACGGCCGGUGCGUUCUCUUCACGGGUCCGCUGGUGUCGUUGCUGAGGGCGUGCGCUGAUUUGUACGCUGUGGUCGAUACAUCGAGUCCUGGUCUCCGGACAAACAUUGAAGGGUACCGAGUAUGUCUGGUUGUCCCCGGCGAUUUCGUUGGGCGUCUUCUGCGAAGCAACUGCGCAGGACUUCACGCCCUUCAAGAAGCGGGAGGAAAAACCGUUCACAUCGCACUCGGUAACCUGUGUGUUGUGAUGAGGGGGAACUAUUCGGAGAGAGUCCUCCUGAUCGACGGUAAUAUUGAGGGUGUUUGUCAGGUUCUUGAAUCGGCCUCAACGCAGCUGCAAGACUUUUUGAGAAGAUUUUCAAGCCAAGGAGGCUCAGGUGGUGGUGGUUCUGGGCACUUCGCGGCUCGUUACGAGUUCUUAGACUACCCCAAAAGAAUUGAGCUUCAUCUCUCUACAUGA